AGCGCGCAGGCUGCCCAUACUUGCCUGAACUAAAAUGAUCCGAUUAUCACGUAUUCCAUUUUCAAAUUAGACACUUGUGAUUCAAAAUGAGUAAAAGCGAACGUACUCUGUCGGGGCUUUCGGAAAAUUCUAAUGGAAAUGCCGAAACUCAUGAACUCCAGCCAGCAGACAUAGUGUUUGUGGACAGAGGAAUCAUGCAGUCGAAGUACACCGAUCCCAUGGAGUUUGCAGAGGUCGAGGAGCUUUUAGGAACCUCUCCAGCACCGCGACCCUGCACUCUCGUAUGGAGGGACGUCACUGUCCACAUUAAACAUAAGGAUGGCAAACUUAAGAGAUUAGUCAAUAGUGUAAAUGGAAUCGCAAAACCUGGCUCGUUGGUGGCAUUAAUGGGACCCAGUGGUGCGGGCAAGACUACACUGAUGUCAGCUCUAGCGCAUAGAAGUCCAAUCGGUACUGUUGUGGAUGGAGCUAUUGCGAUGAAUGGCCGAGCUGUGGGCGACUUUAUGCACCUGGAGUCUGGAUACAUGCAUCAGGAUGAACUCUUCGUCGAAAAUCUAACUGUUAUGGAACAUCUCACAAUCAUGGCUCGUCUACGAAUGGAUAGGCGAACAUCAUCAUUGGCAAGAAAGAGAAGAGUUAAUCAAUUGUUGCGACAGUUAUCUCUCUAUGGAUCACGGCAUACACGUAUUGGAGGACUAGAUGGAAGAAAAACGUUGUCUGGAGGUGAAAGGAAGAGACUGGCGUUUGCUACUGAGCUCUUGACAGAUCCUGGUUUACUAUUCUGCGAUGAACCGACGACUGGUUUGGACUCGUCUUCAGCACAGAAGCUUAUGACCUUGCUUCGGGCAAGUGCAGUUCAGGGCAAGACAGUGAUAUGUACUAUACACCAGCCGUCUUCGGAAUUAAUGGCAUUAUUUGACAAGUUGGUGUUGCUGGCAGAGGGAAGAGUAGCCUAUGCUGGAAAUGCCUCUGGAGCACUAGGAUUUUUUGAAAGCUUGGGCUACCACUGUCCCAUCACAUAUAAUCCAACAGACUACUUUAUCAAAGUUCUGGCGUUGACCCCUGGUUCGGAAGGUGCAUCACGACAUGCCAUUAAGAGCGUCUGUGAUCGGUUCGCGGUCAGUGAUGCUGCUAAGGAACUGGACAUGGAGAUACAUCUCGAGUUCCACCUUAUAGAUAAUCAAGAUGAGGAAACGAAGCGGACUAAAGCUAGCAAUUUUAAACCACCUUUUUUCCAUACGAAGAUUCUUUGGCUGGUAUAUAGAUAUAUUUUAAUGGUAUUACGCGAUCCAAAUGUACAAUUGUUAAGGAUAGUGCAGAAAUUGGCAAUCGCACUAACCGCAGGGCUGUGCUUCAUCGGCACAGCGCGGCUCACGCAAGCAGGGAUCCAAGACGUCCAGGGAGCUCUCUUCAUCAUCAUAGCAGAAAACACCUUCAGCCCUAUGUACUCUAUGCUCCAUAUAUUCCCUGAAGAGUUCCCCUUGUUGUACAGGGAACUAAGGGCAGGGUUAUAUUCCACGCCGGUUUAUUAUGUGGCUAGGAUGAUAGCUUUGUUCCCUGGUCUGGUGAUUGAGCCGACACUGUUCACACUGGUCGUCUACUGGAUCGCAGGUCUACGGAGCACCUUCUAUGCGUUUGGUUUUACUGUCUUCUUGUCCAUAUUGGUUCUGAACGUAGCUAUAGCAUGUGGAUCAUUUUUCUCAUGCGCUUUCGGUUCAAUGCCGGUUGCAAUCGCCUACCUCGUCCCAUUUGACUAUUCCCUCAUGAUGACUUCGGGACUAUUUAUUAAACUCAGCUCAAUACCAAAAUAUAUAUCGUGGAUUCGACACCUGUCUUGGCUCAUGUAUUCCAAUGAAGCAAUGACGAUUCUCCAGUGGGACGGAGUACAAAACAUAACAUGUCUAACGGACGAGACCGGUGCACCAUGCCUCAGUACUGGCGAUGAAGUCCUGAGCAUGUAUGACUUUACCACGAACGAAUUCUGGCCGGACAUUGUCGCCCUGGUCAUCCUCUACUUAGGUUUCCACCUCUUGGCUCUUAUUGCCCUGCGCUACCGCACGAGGAGAAAGUAAUUUAAAAAAAAAUAUUCCUGAAAUUGACUUCGUCUCUCCUGCCAGUAUUUGUAACCUUACUUUGCGGACCAGUUUAAUAUAAUAUUAGGAAAUUAUAGAGCUUAAUUCUAGUAAAAAAAAUCUUCAAUAAACCCCUGUCAAGUGAUUUCUUUUUUCAUACUAUGUUUUCCUUAUUGUUGGUUUAUCUAUGUGUACCUGUUGUUAUAGUCGACGCAUUAUGAAGCUUCGGGUCGUAAAUCAUAUUUGUGUAUAGGUCUCGAUCGCUAGGUCUUAUGGAGAGGUGUAGUGAUGUGCGUAAGAAUUGUGGAGUUCGAUGACGGGAUAGAUACGAUUGAUAUCCUAAGUUGUGUCAAGUAUUAAAACAAAUAAUUUUUUGCUAUCUUAAACAAUUUUUUUCUUAAGUAACUUUUAACUAUUAACUUUUUAAGUAAUGUAAUUAAUGUCAUAACAAAACUCUUAUCUAUAUAGAAUAUAACCCUUACUCGUAACGACCAAUCAGAAGACUGUGCGUGCGCAGGUAGCUAUCGAUAACGGGUGCGUAGGAAUGUUCCUACUGUGAGUUAAAUUUCUUGGCCGACGACUCAGUUUAAAAUGCGUCGACUUUAUAAGUUAAAAACUUAAGAUUAGGCGCUAUUCGAGUCGAUUUUAUCAUUUAAACAAAUAGGCAGGAUUUUAUUUCGGUUUAAUUAGAGCAACCAUUGUAAAAAACAAGAGUUCAAAAACCAAUAAAUUUGGUUUUUUAACAAGAAUUAAGCUCUGAAUAAAGUAUUAUUUCAUGUAGUCUAUAGAUACAGUUACGGCCAGUUAAAAAUAAACAACAAAUUUAAUGACGUGAUGAGAAAAUAAUAAUUUAAAUGUACUGGGCAUUAUGUGUUGAAAUCUUGUCGAUUGUCAUAAUAUUACUUUGUAGGACGAUAUUUUGUAACAAUCGUAUUUUAAAGCGAAUAUAGGAGUGACAUAUUUAUAGUUUGACUUAGGGUAAUGCACUUAGCACGAAUACAAAUAUCAACAAUAAAGUAUGUUUUGAAUGUUCCAUGGAACAUUUGGAACAUUUAGAUAUAAUACGAAUCACGAAUACAUUAUUAACAUUACUUUGACGUACAGAUAACAUAGUUCGUUAACUGAGACUUCGGUUUGUCAAUCGAGUCCAAUAGAUACAUGGACGUUUAAAAUGCGUACGAAUACUGUACAGAGCUGCAAAAGACUUUUAAAAAUAGGUCAUUAAAAAUUAUAUCAAAGGACAGAUGUAUAAUCUGUAUUAUUGUUGCCACUAAUACAGAUUAUACACUCGAGCUGUCAGAACGAAUGACGCAUGACAAGUAUGUGACAAUUAACUUCGUGCUAAGAGUAAUACUUUCUUUACUUGUAUGAAUUAAAUAGAAAACUUUUGUAUAAAUCUUGUUAUAAUGUUUUAGAAGAGACCUUAGUUAUAUUAAGUUUUCGUGUGAGUGAUAAAAAUUCUUUACAGCGGAUUUUAAUAGAUGCAAUAUUCGUGUCUGACUGUAAAAUAAGUUUAACGUAUAAGUUACCAUACAUUUUUGUUCCUUUUUUUGUAUCUUGAUGUUAUGUAGCCUAAUAAAGAGAUUUUACAAAAUAUAUAAUUUAAGUUAUGAUUGUUAAACUAUUGUAAAGAAUCACUAUGUCGCUUAAUAAAUACA